UUUUACUCUUCCGGAAGUGCGUGGCUCUGAGCAAAUAUGGCGCACAGACCAGUGCGUAGACCAGUGGUAUUUAUUGCUUCAAUCAAUUCGUUUAUUGCAUUUUGUUUGUCUGUUUUCGUCGUUUUUGCUGCAAUACAAACAGUAAACGCCGACAAUGUGUUCAGUGCAAGCCACACGGCUACUUUAUCCAUCGCUGCCGCUAGGGAUUUACGGUACCUUUUGUAUGACGUGAACCCCCCGGAGGGUUUCAAUCUGCGGAGAGAUGUCUAUAUCCGCAUGGCCUCACUGGUGAAGACUUUGAGAAAGGAGGGGGAUGACUGGGUAUUGGUGCUGCCCCCAUGGGGUCGCCUCUACCACUGGCAGAGCUCCAACAUCCACCAGAUUCGCAUCCCGUGGGGAGAGUUCUUCAGCCUCAAUAGCCUGCAGGCCAAUAUUCCUGUCAUUGAGUAUGAGGAAUUCAUUGCUGAGAAUGGAGGCCCAUUCAUUGACCAGGUUCUGGUACUGCAAAACUACGCUGAGGGAUGGACUGAUGGGAAAUGGGAGGAAAAAGUUGAUGAGCGGCCGUGUAUUGACAAGUUGAUGUACUCCAAAGAUAAACAGGGUUACUACAGGGGCUGGUUUUGGGGAUAUGAGGAGACAAGAGCUCGAAAUGUGACGUGUAUAUCAGCCCAAGGCCAUGCCUCCAUCAUGGCCCCAGUUCUUCAGAAAAACAUAACAGUGACAUCAGUUAUGCUCGACCGAGCAGAGACACUCCUUCACGACCACUACGCUGGGAAGGAUUACUGGGAUACCCGCCGCAGUAUGGUUUUUACCAAGCACCUGAGACUCAUAGGAGAUGACUUCAGAACAAAGUACCUCAACUCUACAGAUGACAGAGACCAUACCAUUUACAGUGAGGAUUGGACUCGCAUGAAAGCCAAGUUGGGCUCAGCUAAAGGCGGUCCAUAUCUGGGGGUCCACCUGCGCAGGAAGGACUUUAUCUGGGGUCACAGAGAGGAUGUACCCAGCCUGAAAGGGGCAGUGAAAAAAAUGCGCAGCUUGAUGAAAAAGCAUAAACUCAACAAUGUGUUUGUUGCGACGGAUGCAGAUGAGGAAGAGUUAAAGGAGCUGAAAAGGUUGUUGCCAGACAUGGUGCGUUUUGAGCCGUCCACAGAGGACCUAGAGCUCUAUAAAGAUGGAGGGGUGGCCAUCAUUGACCAGUGGAUAUGUUCCCAUGCAAGAGUCUUCAUAGGAACAUCAGUGUCCACCUUUUCUUUCCGGAUCCAUGAAGAGAGGGAGAUCCUGGGUUUUGAUCCCAAAACUACAUACAAUCGUUUCUGUGGGGACACUGAGAAAGAAUGUGAACAGCCCACACACUGGAAAAUUGUUUAUUGAUCUAACCUCUCACUUUCCCGACACACAAGUGCCAAAAGCAGUGUUAAAAGUGACAUUUAUUUGUAUAGAAUACACAAGAUAUUUCUGUUUCAUGGUGUGUUUUCUUAAUUUUUUAUUUGACUUUUUAUGGUUAUCAGAGAUGUGCACUCAGGUCUAUAGUGACCACUGUGAUUGAACCGUACGCUCAAAACACCAGGAAUAGGCUGCCAAACUUGUUUUACUGUAAGUAAAUCUGCAAAUAUGUUUUAUGUUGACUGUGGAUCCUUUAUGACAGCCUGGUAUUUUACAUAAUGUCUGAUAUUUAUUACCAGCUCCACUGGUGAGAAUAAGUGUCCUUUAAUGACUGCAGUGUUGGAUGGGAGUAUUCUCAGUUUAUCAUUUUGUGAGAUUCAAAGAUGUUCUGCAUUUAAACUUUGACUAUUCUAUUUUUUCCCCGUUGGAAUUAACACCACAGAAGUAUGAAGGUGCAUUCAGAGAUCAUGAACAUAGUGGCUUUUUAAUUAGCCCUCUCUCGUUUUUUGUGUUUAUGUACCCGUGUUACUUAUAAAAAAAGUCUUGCGUGUAACCGCUACGUCUAACCAAUGUGUUGAAUGCAUUUCCUUCCUCAGAAAACAGUUUCAAAACAUUUUUUGAAAUACUUUAAACCCUGCAUUGUUUUCAUUCAUGUUUGUUUUCUUCUUCACGGCCUUUGUUUUAGCACAUUAUGCAGUUUUUACUUUUAGUGUUACUGCCACUGACAGUUUGAAAGGACAGGAAAGUGUAUUGCGUAGCCACUCUCUAGUGAACGUGCGCAUCCUUGUGGCUUUGCACAAGAUCCAAACAAAAAAGAGAUCCGCUCACAAAAACACUGCUGCACAGCACCAUUAGUGGUCAAAAUCUUCACAGGGUACCUUUUUAAAAUAAAAGACCAGAAAGAAGCUAAUGAUUCCCAGCUCACAAUUCUGUU